UUUAUAUAUAGGUUUUACUAAUUUGCAUUCCUUCUUCUCAGUCCAGUUACUGCACAAAUCUGACCUCUCUGAUAAAUUAUAUAGGCCCUUUGCGCUAUAUUCUUAGCAUCUCUUCCAGUCGCAACUAUGAAAAGAUCUUACUCAGUGUUCUCUGCCUCUACUUCUUGUUCUUAUUCUCCUAGAACAGAAUAUGAUGUGUUUUUGAGUUUUAGGGGUGAAGACACCCGCAACAAUUUCACAAGUCAUCUCUAUCAAGCUCUUUGUCAGAAAGGAAUCUACACCUUCUUAGACGAUGAUAAACUUGAGAGAGGCAAAUCCAUCUCCCCAGAAUUGUUGAAAGCCAUUGAAAAGUCACGCUGUUCGGUCAUCGUUCUUUCGGAAAACUAUGCUUCUUCGAGAUGGUGUUUGGAUGAACUUGUCAAGAUUCUUGAAUGCAGGGACGCCUAUGAACAGAUUGUUCUGCCAAUUUUCUACCAUGUGGAUCCAUCUCAUGUCCAGAACCAGGUUGGAAGUUUUGAAGAACCAUUCCACAGAUAUGAACAAGAUUUUACUCAAAAGGUGCAGAGAUGGAGGAAUGCUUUAUCACAAGUUGCCGGUCUUGCUGGAUGGGCUUUACAUGAUGGGAAUGAAGCAAAAUUUAUACAAGACUUUAUCAUAGAGGUAUCGAAUAAACUUGGUGCUGCACUGUCAAACAUUUCAGAGGACCUAUUUGGUAUGGAUUCACGACUAGAGAAACUAAAUGUUUGUGUUUGUGCUCGAUCAUUGGAUAAUGUUCACUUUAUUGGAAUUUGUGGGUUGGGCGGAAUAGGGAAGACGACUCUUGCUCAAGCUUAUUAUGAUUGGAUGUCUUCCCAAUUCGAAGGUUGCAGCUUCCUUAGAAAUGUUAGAGAAGUGUGUGAAAAGAAUGAAAAUGGUCUUGCGUAUUUGCAGAAUCUUCUUCUUUCGGACAUUCUAAAUGAUUUCCCUAUAAAAGUAACGGAUAUUCACAAAGGAAUGGACAUGAUAAGAAGUAAGUUACGCCAUAAAAAAAUACUUCUUGUCCUUGAUGAUGUUGACAACUUAGACCAGCUAAAAGCAUUAGCUGGAAAAAAUAAAUGGUUUGGCUGUGGAAGUAGCAUAAUUGUAACUACUAGAGAUGAAAGUUUGCUUUUAAAUACAUAUAUAGAAUGUAGCAUAUAUAGAGUUGAGAAAUUGAAUUAUACUGAAGGUCUUCGACUUUUUUCUCAUAGAGCAUUCAAAAGUACUCAUCCUUCAAAGGAAUAUGAGAAGUUGUGCGAACAAGUGAUAGCUUAUGCUGGCGGUCUUCCAUUAGCUUUAGAAGUACUCGGUUCCUUUUUAUGUGGAAAAAAUGUAAAUCAAUGGGAAAGUGCUUUGGAUAGGCUGAAGGAGUAUCCAAACAAGGAGAUUAUGAAAGUACUUCAAAUCAGUUUUGAUGGACUUGAGGAAACAGUGAAAAAUAUUUUCCUAGAUAUUGCAUGCUUCUUCAAAGGAUUUAAUAAAAAUUAUGUAAUACAAAUUAUGGGUGAUUGUGGUUUCUAUCCAGAAAUCGGGAUAGGAGUUCUUAUUGAUAAAUCUCUCCUACAUGUUGACAUUGUUGAUCGAGUUUGGAUGCACGACUUGUUACAAGAGAUGGGAAAGGAAAUUGUUCGGGAAAAAUCCCGCAAUGACCUUGGAAGAUGCAGUAGAAUAUGGGAUUAUGAUGAUUUAUCUCAUGUUUUAGAGCAUAACACGGUAAGAAAUUUUCUCAUAUAA